CAUUACGCAAUCCUCUCCCUCCACGAGUUGGUGAACACUAACAGAACUCCGUCCUAGGCCUGAACUUACUUACAUGCUCAACCGACGCACUUCGUUAAUUCAUAUCGUCUCUAACACUCUCGGCGCACAGAAAUUCCAGUUUCAAUGUUACUCCUUUCUCCGCCUCCGAUACACUCCUUUCCCGCCAAUCCGAACUCUCUCUCAACCAUGAAGGCAAAACGACAACCGUACAGGUCAUUUCGUAAGCCACUGCGAGCUAUUAACCGCCGCGGCAAAGAUGUCGAUGCGUUUACUAAGAAAUCUGGUUACAUAUUUGACCUCAGCGACAGAGAAGCCAACUCUUUAAUCGAUUAUGAUAUUGAAAAGAUAGCUGCGGUUUUUAGGAGGAAACCGUUGAUUUUGUUUCGCAGAUUGUUUCAGAUUGCUACCACUUUUGGCCGUUGGUUUGGGGCUCGUUACAUUGAUAGCCUUGCAGAGAAAUCUGAUCAAAUGUUCAAGAUUAGAGCUGCAGAGCUUCGAAAAAUAUUGCUGGAACUUGGUCCUGCCUAUAUCAAAAUUGCUCAGGCUGUUUCAUCUCGGGCUGAUUUGAUACCACCAUCAUACCUUGAUGAACUUUCGCUCUUGCAAGAUCGAAUAACUCCAUUCUCCUCUGAAAUUGCUUUAAAUACGAUAGAACAGGAAUUUGGGUUGCCAAUAGACCAGCUUUUCUCAGAGAUUUCACCAGAGCCUGUUGCUGCAGCAUCCCUUGGGCAGGUCUAUCAAGCAAGGCUUCAACGUAGCGGACAGGUUGUUGCUGUUAAAGUGCAGAGGCCAGGAGUUCAGGCUGCUAUUGCCUUAGAUAUACUAAUCUUGCGUUUUAUGGCUGGAGUGAUAAAGAGAGUAGGAAAGUUUAACACUGAUCUCCAGGCACUCGUUGAUGAAUGGGCAUCUAGUCUUUUUCGGGAGAUGGACUAUAUGAAAGAAGCAAAUAAUGGAGUCAAAUUUAGGAAGCUCUACGGUGAUAUAAAAGACGUUUUGGUUCCAGAAAUGUACAUGGACCUCACAACUCGUAAGGUCCUUGUAAUGGAAUGGAUUGAGGGAGAAAAGUUGACUGAAGUGAAGGAUCUUUACUUGAUUGAGGUGGGAGUUUACUGCUCAUUUAAUCAACUUUUGGAGUAUGGAUUCUAUCAUGCGGAUCCACACCCUGGAAAUCUUCUUCGUACAAAAGAUGGGAAACUAGCUUAUUUAGAUUUUGGAAUGAUGGGUGAAUUUAAACAAGAAUUCCGUGAUGGAUUCAUUGAAGCUUGUCUCCAUCUUGUAAAUCGUGAUUUUGAUGCAUUGUCCAAGGACUUUAUUACUCUUGGGCUUCUUCCCCCAAUUGCAGACAAGGAGGCUGUUACAAUUGCUUUAACAGGUGUCUUCCAAAAUGCUGUUGAAAAAGGAGUCCGCAAUAUUAGUUUUGGAGACCUUUUGGGAAACUUGGGAACUACAAUGUACAAGUUCAAAUUUCAAAUACCUUCAUAUUUUUCUCUUGUCAUCCGCAGUCUUGCAGUCCUUGAAGGCAUUGCUGUCAGUUUUGACCCAAAUUACAAAGUUUUGGGGAGUACAUACCCAUGGAUAGCUAGGAAAGUACUAACUGAUAGCUCACCUAAACUGAAAUCUUCAUUACAAGCUCUGCUUUACAAGGAUGGAGUUUUCAGAAUUGAUCGUCUGGAAUCUCUACUUUCAGAGUCCUUUCGUGCCCGCACUGAAAGGGCCUUGGUUAAACGGCAAAUCGAAGACACUGGUUCCAGAGUUGCUAUCAAGGAAAUACUUUCCUUCACCCUAACUGAGAAGCAGGGUUCCUUUGUGAAGGAGAUACUUCUUCAAGAAGUUGCUAAGGGAUUGGAUGCACUUGGGCUAGCUACACUUGAUUUUUUAACUUCCGCGGCAGCCAUAAGCAUACCCUUUGCUGCUCCCUCUUCUUCGUCUUCAAUGACUGAGGAAGACAUAAUGAACUUGAGGACUUUGCGUCGCCUUAUGCUACUGUUGUCAGGUUCCCAAAAGAAUGGCAGUUCCAUUGAGGAGGUUAAAGGGCCGUACAGGAAUCCGAAUAUAUUCUUGGAAGAAGUAUCUGAUUUCUAUCAACUUGAAUCAGUUCAAGAUAUUCUGCCCGUGCUUUCUGUUAUUCCUGAGCUCCCACCACAGCUGCAACAGCAGGUGCUUCUGUUGCCGGCUGAUAUUGCUGGAAGGUUGAUUUCCCGUGCCACUGCUAGGACUAUCAGGAGGAUGUUUCUGUGAUGUCAAUUUGGCUUCCAGACAAGAAAGUGUCUUUGUUGUGAAUACACACACACACACACACACACACACACACACACACAACAGAAUUAAACCACUUGGCAACUGUUUAUGUUGAACGAGUAGAGGAAGAGAAUCAUAGAAGCUGGGGGCACUUGGUUGUACAAAUUUCUGGAAUAUAGGCAAAAAUCUUUUAAUGUUCCAUUCUCCUCAAACAGAAACGGAAACUCUAUUUAUUUUCAUGAAUUGCAUUUUAUUUUAA